AUGCACGAUCCAGCUAUAAAUUGCCGUACAUGCCAGUUUCCAAUUCUGAUCUGGUCCACCCCCGAACUAGCCUACACAGAACACCAAGCCCACGACAACAUCUGCAAGCUCUUCGAAACCCUCCAACGCACCAACCCAGCCUACCACGUCCAACGCUCCGCCUACGGCCUCGAAACCGCCUUGGAAGUAACCUACACCCACGGCACCGGGGGCCGCAACAUCGUCUUCAACGCCGAAUACGACGCUCUCCCUAACAUCGGCCACGCCUGCGGCCACAACCUCAUCGCGACGAGCUCCAUUGCCGCCUUCAUCGCCACCUGCGAGGCCCUCAAACACCAAGCCCCUGACUCUAACUACACCGUCCGCCUCCUCGGCACCCCCGCCGAAGAAUCCGGCGGCGGGAAAGUCCGUCUCCUCGAGAAUGGUGCCUACAAGGAUGUCGACGCCUGCUUGAUGGUCCACCCUAUCCCCAUGGCCCCGGGCCAUCCCGAGCUGCUGAGCUUGGCGACGGUCCUACCGGGCGGGUUUCUAGCGAAUGAUAAAGUCACCGUGACGUUCACGGGCAAGCCGGCGCAUGCGGCCGCAGCGCCGUGGGAGGGCGUGAAUGCUCUGGAUGCGGUGGUCGCGGCGUAUGUGAAUAUCUCUCUGUUGAGGCAGCAGAUCCUGCCGACGCAGAGGAUUCAUGGUGUUGUGGCUAGUGGCGGGGAUAGGCCGAAUGUUAUUCCUAUGUCGGCGUCGGUGGAUUAUUACAUUCGGUCGCCGACGAAGAAGGGUCUGAAGACGCUGACGGAGAAGGUGGUUAAGUGUUUUGAGGCGGCGGCGAUGGCCACGGGCUGUGGGGUGCAGUUUGAGUGGGGCGUCUCAUACGACGACCUUAAAACCAACAAUCCCAUCUGCGAGAGCUACGUCUCUGUUAUGCGCGCAAUGGGUCAUCACACUGUGAUGAAUAACGCCGGGCAGUCUGGUAAACUUACCGGGGCGUCUACGGAUAUGGGAAACGUCUCCUACGCCGUCCCUGGAUUCCAUGGCCUCUUCACCAUCCCGACAGAUGGCGUCAAUCAUACCCCGGGGUUCACCAAUGGUGCUGGGUCCCCUGAGGCGCAUCAGCGCUGUUUGGCCUGUGCGGCGGGGAUGGCUGUUGUGGCCUGUCAGAUUGUGACGGAUGAUGACUUUGCGAGGAGGGUCAAAGAGGAUUUUCAGGUGGAGGCGGAGGAGUAG